GUUUCCGUUUAUGCAUUACUCUGUUUACAGGGGGAACAAUCACGUAACGCCGGCCAAAGGGACCUACUCCGGCAAAUCAGGACGACAAGCAGCACAUAUUGGCAAAACUUCAAUCUUGCGACGUCAUGGACCAGGACUACGAGUGUAGACUUCUGCGGCAGAUCAACGUCCAGAACGAGAACGCAAGCCCUAUGAAGGCCAUAGAAGCCGUGCGAGCGCUGACACCCACCAAUUCCCCCUUGUCCUCCCCCAGCAAGCAUGGUGACCGCUUCAUUCCUUCCCGGGCAGGUGCCAAUUGGAGUGUCAACUUUCAUCGCAUCAACGAAAUUGAGAAAACACACAGUCAGAGCAGGAAAACCAAAGAUGGCACAACGGAUAAUAGUAAAGCGGAUGGUCUGGCUUACUCGGCCCUUCUGAAGAACGAGCUACUAGGCGCAGGCAUAGAGAAAGUCCAAGACCCCCAAUCAGAAGACCGCCGUCUCCAGCCUUCAACCCCAGUCAAGAGGAGCCUUUUCAGUUAUUCUGUAAGUGCCAAACGAGCUCUUCCAGAAGAAGAUGGCAACGCGGUCUCUCCAUAUUCCCUAUCACCUGUUAGUAGCAACAGCCAAAAGCUGCUCCGUUCACCAAGGAAACCUACACGUAAGAUUUCCAAGAUUCCAUUCAAAGUACUUGAUGCUCCUGAGCUUCAGGAUGACUUCUACCUCAAUCUAGUCGACUGGUCAUCUCUCAAUGUCCUCAGCGUUGGACUAGGGACUUGUGUCUACUUGUGGAGUGCCUGCACCAGCCAGGUAACACGUCUGUGUGAUCUCUCUGUGGAAGGAGAUUCAGUAACGUCAGUGGGCUGGUCAGAAAGGGGUAACCUCGUUGCAGUGGGCACUCAUAAAGGCUACGUGCAGAUCUGGGAUGCGGCAGCAGGGAAGAAGCUCUCAGUUCUGGAAGGACAUACAGCCAGAGUGGGUGCGUUGGCGUGGAAUGCUGACCAACUUUCGUCGGGGAGUCGCGAUAGGGUGAUCCUGCAGCGUGACAUCAGAGCCCCGCCCCUCCAGUCGGAGCGUCGUCUCCAAGGGCACAGACAGGAAGUCUGCGGACUCAAGUGGAGCACCGAUCACCAGCUGCUAGCAUCGGGUGGAAAUGAUAACAAGUUGCUAGUGUGGAACCACUCCAGUGUCCUGCCAGUGCAACAGUACACAGAGCACCUGGCUGCAGUAAAGGCCAUUGCCUGGUCUCCCCACCAGCAUGGCCUGCUGGCCUCUGGAGGCGGCACGGCAGACCGCUGCAUCCGAUUCUGGAACACACUGACAGGCCAGCCGCUGCAGUGCACCGAUACUGGCUCCCAGGUUUGCAACCUGGCCUGGUCUAAACACACCAAUGAGCUGGUGAGCACACACGGUUAUUCCCAGAACCAGAUCCUGGUAUGGAAGUACCCCUCUCUCACUCAAGUGGCCAAACUCACAGGGCACUCCUACAGAGUAUUGUACCUGGCCAUGUCCCCUGAUGGAGAGGCCAUCGUGACGGGUGCAGGAGAUGAGACACUCAGGUUCUGGAAUGUCUUCAGCAAGAUGAGAUCUACUAAGGAAUCCGUGUCAGUACUGAACCUAUUUACAAGGAUCCGGUAGUAAGCAGACCUCUGGGGAACAAAAGAUGGAACAGUCUCUGGGAGGGUGUUUUAUUUUUUGCAUGUAGUUGCAUUAAGUUUAUGGAGUCCAGUCACAGUAAAUGGGGGGGCCCCCUUACAAUUGAGUCUUCGUCUCGGUGGUCUACAGAGGCCCCUUCGUUUGCCCUUAAUUAGACAGUGGAGUUGCAGCUGAAGCUGAGGGAGCCAUUUAACAUGGUUGAGCUGCACCGACUGGAGGAGACCUGUUGCCCACUUUCUUCAGAUUUCUAGAACCACUGUCUCUAGCACAUCACGCCCCUCCAUGAGACCACCGGGGCCCUCCUGUGAAAAAAAUAUCAGGGUGUUCUCCCUGUGUGAUUCUGUUUUGUUUACAGACUGUGCAUGGCUGCCAAAUAUUGUGUUUGUAUUUUUAUGAAUGUCUAUUUAUUUUGUAUUUUUAAUGUACUAUGACAGACUUUUUCUUUUCCUCUGUAGUUUUGAUUGCAGAUGUUUGUCAGAUUUGUGUAGUUUGGAGGGGGAUUUACUUUGUUCCUGCCUUAAAGGGAUAGGAUGUGGAAGAAAUGGUUGUCCUAAAUUUUGAUAUCUUACUGAAGAGCAAUGACGUUUCACAGUUUGAGACCAUGCUUCCCCAUCUUGUACCGUUUUUUUUAAACUAAAUGGUUCACCGAGUGGGAACAGGGAGCUCACGCCGUUUUUUGUCUUGUUUUUUUUGGAUCCAGUCCACCCUUGAUUCUCUUAUUCUGUACUCUCCAGCUAACAUUGAGUUUAUUUCAGUCUAAUGUUCGCAAUUAUUGGCUAAAGAUUUCUUAUAAUCUGGUAAAUAUGCAUGGUGUUUACAUUUGUACAACUGAAAAACUGCCAGUUUGGGUAAUGUCUUUUCAAGGUAUACAUGUGUAAAUUGCUUAUAAAAAAUAAUGGAAGAUAAAAAAUCACUGCCCUGAAACUAAGAGUGAUACUCUUGUGUUUUUCUUACCAAUCUUAAAAUUUAUUUUAUGACAUUGUAAGUAAGAAAGUAGGGAAACAAGCAAAGCGACAAUCAUUUAUGCUUGUUUCCCUACUUUUUUUAAAGUGAA